GAGAAAAAGGCCAGCAACAAUGUGACAGACAACACUGCCCCGCCGCUCUGCUCAGCGUAGUAGUGGAUAUCUUCACGGUGAACGGAGAGCCAAACAGAGCUGCAUGCUCGCUGUGCAACAAGGCGAACAGGAGCAAAAUGGACCACUGGACACCAGCAGCAUCAACAGCAGCAGCAUCCACUGAGGACCGACACAGUUUUUAGGCUGUAUUUCAAGACUAUAUACAAUUCAUCACAUCAAUCCUCCAACACUGACCAAGAUAAAAGAUGCCUGGGAACAACACCUUAAGGGUCCUGUUAUAUCCUGGCGGACACGUGGACAUGAAGAAAUAGAAGCAUCAGUCGAGGCCCUCCAGCUGACCUCUGGGCUAAGUCCUGGCCGUGGGGCUUUGUUGUUGGUGGGCCAGCUGAACAGGCGUGUAUGUGAGUGAGAGGUGAUGAAGUCCAGUAUGAGGCAGUGGCGGAGGCUGGUGUUGGUGGGAAUGCUGGCCUGGGUUCUGCUCUUCCUCGCCCUCCUCUCUUACUUCCUGGAUGCUCGCGUGGAUGAACCCCUGACCUCUGCCGGCUCUUUACUCUCCCAGCACCCCGACACUCGCCGCCUGGCCUCCAUACAGGCCUCCCAUCAACAGCAUGCCAUCGUCGGCUCCCGACCUGAACUGGCUUUGACGUUAACUACGACCUACCCUGGAGAUGAGCCGGAGCCCUCCGUCAGCUCCAUGACCCCAGAGUCCAGCCUGGAGGUCAGCCACAGCCCCAACAGCGCUCCCUAUGCCAUCUAUGGUAGCCAGGAAGCCAGCCGCCAGGAUUACCUGGACCCUCAGAGCCUGGCUGCCUGGUCCUCCUUUGGUACAGAGAAUGUGGGUUCUCACUCAGACCCUUCAGUCCAGAGUCGUGAGAGAACAUUUCAGACCACCGAGUAUCAGAACCAUGUCAGCAACACACACCGCCACGUAGGGGAGGAGGAAGAAGAAGAUGAAAGGGACAAUGAAGAUGAAGAACUGGGAAACAGAGUGAGGACUACAGCAGACAGAAGAGCCGGCGGUGACUCCUCUGACCUGGAGGAAUAUUACUUCUCCAAGUCGGCCUCUGUGGUGCAGCGGCUGUGGCGGGGCCGCGUGUCCGCCGGCAUGCUGAGUCCUCGGCUGCAGCGGGCCAUGAAAGACUACGUGAGUGCUAACAAACACCAUGUUUCCUACAAGAGGCUUCGCAGGGCUGCCCACAGUGCCAAGGAGCUGCUGUGUCAGAUGAAAGCCCAGGCUCGGCUGAGGACGGUGGAUGGCUCGGAGCAGCCUUUCUCCUCGCUUGGCUGGGCUCGUCUUGUGCCAUCCCUUCCUCUGGAACAACUGUACAGGCGGCAGGAAAAGAGCAGCUUCAAGACCUGUGCGGUGGUCACCUCGGCUGGUGCCAUCCUGCGCUCAGGACUGGGCAAGGAGAUCGACACUCAUGAUGCGGUUUUACGGUUCAAUGCUGCACCUACAGAAGGAUACGAGAGGGACGUGGGGAACAAAACCACCAUCCGCAUCAUCAACUCGCAGAUUCUGGCAAAUCCUAGACAUCGAUUCAACACGAGCUCCAUCUACAAGAAUGUGACUCUGGUGGCCUGGGACCCAGCGCCUUACACUGUCAACUUACACAAGUGGUAUGCCAGUCCAGACUACAACCUGUUUGGUCCUUAUGUGGAGCACCGCAAGCUCCAUCCUGGCCAGCCAUUCUACAUCCUUCAUCCCGGCUAUGUGUGGCAACUCUGGGACGUGAUUCAGGGCAACACUCAGGAGAACAUCCAGCCCAAUCCCCCAUCAUCUGGCUUCAUAGGUAUCCUCCUGAUGAUGGCGCUGUGCGAGCAGGUGCACGUGUACGAGUACAUUCCCUCCAUGAGGCAGACAGACCUGUGCCACUACCACGAGCGUUAUUAUGACGCUGCCUGUACACUGGGUGCCUACCAUCCCCUCCUAUACGAGAAGAGCCUGAUCCAGCGGAUCAACACGGGCCCCGAGAGUGACCUGAGGAGGAAGGGACGGGUCACUCUCCCAGGCUUCAGCACCGUCGACUGUGACAUCUGAGAUAUGAAAGCUGACAUACCUUGAUGUACACACACACUCUGGCCUUUUCUGGCUGACUAAGGGAGAGGUGCAAUAAAACCACUGGAGACAAAGAGGAUGAAUCUUACAAGUUUCAAAUUAGACCCAUGAAGAACAUAAGCCAUACCCCCCUCUGGGGAGGGAUCAGCGUGGAGGCUUCUGAAAGAAUUUGUCUUCAUCAAGAGGGUUUACCAGACCAGAGACCUGCAGGAGGAGUCUCCGAGAUGGAUCUGUACAAGAUGUUUCUCUCUGCUUUAGCUGAGCCACGUUAGCUGUGGAGCUGACUAGGGUAGCAACAGAUCAAUGUUUUUAGAUAGACAAGUGAAUUUUCAAUAACUGGGUGUGUUUCAAUGGUGUAAAAAUCCGUGUUUUUAAAUAGUAACGGGUGGUUCUCCACUUAAAGGAAAAGCCACUGUUUAUAACGGUGGAUAUUUGUGAUUUUACUUUUCUUUUUUUUUCUGGUCCAAAGGGUUGUGAAUAAGCAAAGAAGUCAUUCAUGCUGAAUGUCACAAAUGCAACACACAUUCACAAGCACGCUGCAGACACAUGCAGAGGAACGCAAAGAGUAAAAGGCAGAUUUAGUCACAUCAGUCAUAUUACUGUAUAUUUCAUUGCUCUAUAGCAGGUGUUCCUGUUUGGCAUUGUUCUGAUAUCUUCUCAUGAAAUCAGAAGCUGUGUUGCGUGUUACUGCGUGCUAUAGUCACAUUUUUUCUUUUUACUGAGGAUGUAAUUAAAUCAAAACAAAUGGGGCCAAAAUGGAUCUACAGUACAAACAGGUGCUCAGAACAGCCGUAACCCUGUGCCUAGUGGUCGACUGAACACUUCCCUCGGGUUGCCUUGUGGCUGUUUGGAAACAUGCACUAGAUACUGAGGCAGGACUGCAGUACCGUGCAGUUUGGUUGGCAUGAGAGGUGCGGAGCAGUCUAUAUCGCUGAAGUGAUCUGUGUCAGGGGGAUUCUCAGCUCUGCCCCUGCAAUCACCAGCCCCUGUUUUUGACGGUCAGUUCACUCUUUUAUUGAAUGUAAUUUUGCCACAGCGUGGAACGGCCAAACCUUUCCUGAAGCUUACUACUGCAGCGUGGGUCUGCGUAUGUGCAGCUCAUUGCAGGGUUAUUUCCUCGUCACAUAACAAGCAUGAAGCUCAUUUCCUACAACUAUAAAUGUCUCAUAUUCUCUGAAUCCUCUGAUAUUGGUCUGUGCCCUUCCACAGCUCAGAGUAAAGAUGAUUAUAAAAGAGGAAUUUGAACCGGUAAUAUCAUCAGAUUUACUUUGUCUCCUCCAAGGAAGACUUUUAUGUUUACAGUGAGUCAGUGCCACAUCUGCGGCACAAUGUAGAGUUAUUGGCUCAGUGUAGAAAAGAGGGUUACUUGUGGGUUUUUUGUUUUUUUUUUGUUCUUGUGUUUGUUUUUUCUUUGCCGCAGACAUGCAGUCAGAAAAAAUCUUGCCUAUAACAGAGAUUUUUAUUACUCGCUGUGCUAUUUUACAAAAUGUGCUUGUGCCAUUUGGUUGUGGUUCAGUAUAAGUUGUGAAAAACGUGUCACAGAAAUGUUGCUUUGAAUGUUGAAGAAGAUGGCUCAGUAGUAGUUGUAGUGGUUGUAGUUGUAUGUAGAUGAUUCUGGGGUUGGUAUCAUUCAACAAACUCAACAAAUUGAAGGAAAGAAACAAGAAUUUGACCAAAUAUUUAGCGCCAGGUUCCAAUAUUUCAUAGUAGGGGUGGACAAUAUAGGUAAAAUCCUCUAUCAUGGUAUUUUAUAUUGUAACACUGAUAUACUGCAUGUCAUUAUUGAAACUAUGUGUUGAUGAAAGAACCAGACAGUUCAUUAAAAAGUUAAUUCAGUGAAUUGCAUACAUGACAAAAGUACUUCAUCACAUUGAUGCAAAAUUCUGCAAAUCGAAUAUUACCGAGAAAGUAGUUCUCCUCACUGACGUGCAGCAUCUCACACAAUGGUUAAUACAUUGAUUAAUAGCAGUUGACAAGUUAUGUCGUAAUAAGUAAAAGAGAGUUUCUGAUACUCAAGGCUCGAGUACUAAAAGUAUGAAGGUUUGAUACCCAGCCCCAGUUUCAUGUUGAUUAUAUGGCAUGUCAUUAGAAGCUGCUGUGGUACAAGGACCCCAGUAAAGUCAGAAAUUCAGCAACUGUUAGAGGACUGUACCAGAGGUUUACAAAAUAGACGCAAAGAACCAUUUUUGAAACAUAAGGAGAUUUCAGCAUUAAUUUAAAAUCAUGCAGGUUUUCAGCUCUGCUGUAGGUUUUUACGUUUCUCUGUCGAGAUAAAUUACUAAAUGUUUUAGUACUUGUGAUUGUAACACACUGAAGGUGCAGAAACCCUGAACAUAUUGUACAUGUAUAUCUCUAAUCAUUUUUGAUCACUUUCCAAUGCACAGAGCAUGCAAGUCAAGAUCAGGGCCGAGUCUUAAACUGUCUGUGCCGUACUGUGCUGCAAGUAGACACCAUUGUCAUUAAUGUUGUGAGAGGCGAUUGUACUAUAAGAUUUUCUUUUUCACACACGGUGUUUUACAGAUUUUAAUGCAUGCUUGUGGCCAGGGAAAUCACAUCCAGCUGCGGUGCAGGUAUCACUAAUUCCCUGGAUGCACUUGAGUGAGUGCAAUUUCCUUCUGGCAACUUCAUCUUCACAUCUUAAUAUUGUGCCAAAUUCCCUUUUAAUUAUGUCUCAGCUGGGCAAUUUAAACCCGGGAUGAGGAAGUAAAGUGAUAGCAGGACCCCUAUGGUGCUUCUGCUUUCUCUGGGAUGCUUAAGAUGAAACAUAAAUUAAUUUUUGAUCCUCUUCAAUACAACAGUUUUAUUGCCAGUAUUAAAUACAGGACAUUGUAGUGAAAGUUGACAUUAACUUUAAUGUAUGACCACGGAUGAAGCGGUGGGAUGAGAAAACAUGCUACACUGUUUAUUACUUUUUGGCCCUCUCAGCCGCCUCCUCUCAGCUCCUUACUCUUGAGGCCUAUUUUUCAUGUCUGGUGUUUUUUUUGGUUUAUUUUCAGUUUUGUUGGAACUGCUGCAACACACACUGCCUCUGGAGGAUUGCUCAACAUUUUAAGUUUUUAAAAAAAAUUUUUUUAAUACAUUUUCCUCCUGCAGCAUUCCCCAAAUGAGGAAGAGAAAAAGAAGCAUCCAUAACUGAACAUAUGAAGAGUGAAGGUCGUGUUUCACUCCCAACAGCCUUAGGGUGUUCUUCUUGACUUUGAUUUGUCAGUGAAUUCUCCUCUUAUUACACUUGAAUUAAUAUUUAAAUAGACCAUUUGUAUGAUUUCAGCUGUUGUAAUUUGUCUUUUUUACUGUGUAAAUAAAGCUGUUGUACAUGUCAAA